UAAUUCUGCCUGAGGAUAUAUAAGAUUGAAAAUAAUUACAUAAGUUCUUACGGACUUAUAUUUUAUUUAUAACUAAUCUGUGAGUAGUCAUGGGAUUGACACGUAAUUUUUCAACUUAUUGCUUUUUGUUUCAUGUAUUAGGAAUUUUUGCUAAUGACAAUUGUGAUAUAUCGAAAUGUCCAGGCCCUCUUAAUUAUUACCAAGAUCUAAAAUGUAUACCAGUUUAUAAAUUACCAGAAGAUUGUUGUCCGUAUAAGUAUAAUUGUGAUCAUUUAGAUCAAAGAUCUACGACAAAGUGUUACAUAAACGGCCAUGAAUAUGAAAUUGGAGAGCAUCUGAGAGAUGAAGAUAAAAAUCCUUGUAGUAAAGGAUGCUUUUGUUCCAGCCGGAGAGGCAUAGCAAGUUUUACUUGUGCAAUAGUAGAUUGUUUUUCUCGAUCUGAUCCUAAUUGUUAUCUUCCUCGUAAUGCAACUCAAUGUUGUCCUGGUAAACAGGUUUGUGUUGAGAGACAAGAAGAUAUAGUGACAUGUGAAGUUGACGGUAAAAGUUACAAAGAUGGCGAAAAUUUCAGUCCGGCCGCAGAGCCACAUAAAAAUUGUUACUGCGGUCCAGGAUACACCGGUGAAAACAUCGCACCUUUCUGUGUAACAUUAGUGGACACAUGUCGAACUGAAUUGAACCAUGCUCAUGAAGUUCAUAACAAUUGUGCCCCAGUUUAUUAUAAACCUGAAAGCUUAAACGAUGGCUGUCCUAUUGAAUACAGAUGCCAAAAUAAACGAGAUCAAGUUAUUAAAAAAAAUCCAGCCAGUGAAUCUAAUUCGGAUGUGACCUGUAAAUUUGGUGACUUGACAAUGAAUUAUGGAGAUGAACUUAAUCAAGCUACAGGUUAUAAUUCUGUGUGUGUAAAAUGUACUUGUGAAGUAGGACCUAUACCAUCUUGUUAUCGUUUACCUGCUAGCGAAUGUGACAUCACAAAUCAUCCGCCUUUUGAUAAUAAUAAAUAAUUAUAAAAAUAUAUAAUUUAUUUUAA